GUGUUGCCUUAUCUUAUAAAAUACACUAUAUUUAUAUGAAAACACGCACAAUAAUAUUAAACCCUUUGUUGUUUUUUUGAUAACAGCUUGUAUUUUGACAUAAAUACCUAUCUUGUUUCAAAUAGAUAGAGAUUGUUUGUUUAUUUAUCUAGUAAAUAAUUGAAAAUUUGUAUAGAAUAAAUAAAUGCAUACUUAUAAGCGUGCGUAAGUGAAAAGAAUCGAAAAGAUAUUCAAAAACAAACUAAAAAAAUAAAAAUAAAAAAAAUAAGGAAUAAUUAUUAUUAUAAUAUCAAAUAUUUAAAGAAUCAUCAAUAUUUUAUUACGAAUAAAUAAAUAAGAAUAAAAUGGAAGAGACACCUGCUUAAGCCCAAACUAUUGCUAUCUCUGAAGUAGAAGCUUGGUUAAAAGAAUAACUCAAGCCUUACUUAUAGCGCAUCGAAAAGCUUGAAGAAAAUGAGAAAAAGAAGGACUCCUUAAUCCAUUCUCUUGAAUUAUCCUUAUAGCAAUUGACUUCUAACUUGGCAGCUGCUAAAGAUGCUAAAGUAACAAAGGUCGGACAGAAUGGAUCUCAUACUACUGGAGUUAACGGAGCAAGAAAGCCCACUACUACUGCUGCUCAUACAGAUGAUAAAAAAGAAGAUAAGAAGCCUGUUGUUAAUAGACCAUCAACUGCAAAGCCUACUGAUCCUAAACCUGCUAACGAACAUAAGCCUGCUACUGAAACUAAGCCCGCUACUGAGCAUAAAGUUACUACUACCAGACCUACUACUGCUAAACCUAAACCUGAAGAAAAUAAGGAUGAAAAGAAGUCUGAAGGAUCUGAAAAGAAAGAAGAAAAGAAGCCAGUAUAAAGACCUACAACUGCUGUCAAGAAAGACGAUAAAAAAGACGAAAAGAAAGAUGAAAAGAAAGAAGAAAAGAAACCUAUUACUAAACCCGCUACUACCACUCCUAAGCCUGUCAAAAAGGAUAAUGAACCUAAGAAAGAAACUCCUCAUACUGCAGCCAAGGUAAAUAUUCCAAAAAUAAAUACAUUUCUGCAUAUUUAAAAAAAUUACCUCAAAAAUUAUUAAGAUAUAUAAGUGCAUACAUAAAUAGCAAAUAUUUACAAAUAAAUUAGAAAUAUUAUUAAUAUAAUAAAAGGCGAUAUAAAUAUGAAUAAAAAUGAUUUAUUCUAUUUAAAUUUAAUCUUUAAUAGAAGAAAUAUUUAAAAAUAUAAAAGAAAAAUUUUCAAAAGCAUUGUGUUUACUUAUUUUAAAUCAUAUUUUAAUAAAAUAGGAUGAAAAAAAGGAUGAAAAGAAACCUGCUGUAACCCAUAAAGCUGAUGAUAAGAAAACUCCUGCUACUACUCAUAAGUCUACAACUAGUACUACUCACAAGCCUGCUACCACAACUGCUGCAAAGGGAGGUAAAGAAGCUGCUGCAAAAGAUAAUAAAAAAGAUGCAGCUAAACCAGCAGAAAAGAAGGAAGAUGAAACUAAAGUAGAAGAAAAAAAGGAUGAAAAGCAUGAAGAAGCAGAAAAACAAGCAGCUGAAACUCAUGAAGUAAAGGAAGAAGUUGCUACUACCACAGUUACUAAUGAAUAAUAAUAACAUGAAGAAAAAGCUGAAGAAAAAUAAGAAUAAACAAAUACAGCUGAAGAAAAUUUACUUGAUGGUGUUGAAGGUGAAUAAGAAGCCAAAGAAGGACACGAAGAAUAAUAAGAACACUAAGUCGUUGAAGAUGAUGAACCCAUAUGAAAUAAUUAAUUAAAUUGAAAAGCAAAAUAUGAAUAAUUUAUUCCUUACACUUUUUCAUUACUAAUCUCCUUGCCUUUUCUUUAUAAAAGAAAGGAAAGUAGAUUAGGAUAUUAAAUGUUAAAUCUUUAUUAAUCACCUAUAUAAAUAUUAUUAAAAGUCUAACACUCUUUUAUAUAUCCCUGUAUCAUCAUAUCAUUUAUUGAAAAUUCUCUAUU